AUGUCGGCUGCAGCCUGUAUCUUCUGCCGCAUCAUCCGCGGCGAGAUUCCGUCUUUUAAGCUCCUCGAGACUGAAAAGAUAUUCGCCUUCCUCGACAUCCAGCCUCUGUCUAAAGGCCACUGCCUUGUGAUCCCGAAGACUCACGGCGAGCGCCUCCACGACGUUCCCGACGACGAGCUGGCAGAGCUGCUUCCGGCGGCCAAGAAGCUGGCGCUGGCGACGGGCGCGGUCGACUACAACAUUCUGCAGAAUAAUGGGAGCAUUGCGCAUCAGGUUGUGGGGCAUGUGCAUGUUCAUAUGAUCCCGAAGCCGAAUGAGAAGGAGGGGUUGACGGUGGGGUGGCCGGCGAAGGAGACGGAUAUGGAUGCGUUGAAGGCGCUCCACGAGAAUAUCAAGGCGAAGAUGAAAUAG